GCACCGUCCAAAACCUAUGCAUUAAUGUCGCGCUAAUUUAGUACAUGCUAUCCCGAAGAGCCGAAAUUUCCCCGCCGAUUUUACCUGCUCGCCAUGCAAAUGGGAAAGCAAUAAAGAACAACCACACAACCAGUUUGGCUGGAAUACCUGCUACGAACAACUGACUUCGUGUGUUUGCGGUGACGCACCGUAAGAUCCAGAAGACCUCGUCAUUGUUGGUCGUUGGGGGCGACACUUUUUUUUGGUUAAUUCUGUGAGAUGCGUCAAUUAGCUGAGGCUAUUAUCUUGGGUUUCAGGAUAGGUUGUAGGAGAUAUCGCGAGAUCUGUAGGUCGAGCAGUCAGGAGCACAGGUUUAGCUGUGGGACUUUACCUGAUGUAUAAAAGCGACAGAGCAGCUUUGGGUUUGGUGCGCAAUAAAAUGAAUGAGUGAAGAUGCGUCGGUGCUGUUGGAGAUAUAGACUUGUUCUGUUGUGAAGAUGCACGGUUGGGGUACAUCCCAUUAUAUUUAAGUCAAGAUCGUCACGUGGGGCUUGUUCAUGAAUGACAUAACUUUAGAUUUAGGAAGAAUGCCAUAGUCGUGUUUUGCUUUCGUCACGUCAACUGAAUAGCGUCAUAUCGAAUACCCUACUUUUGUGACCCAUUUCACGUAGUGUAAUUUAUGAAUCAGCCUUCAGGUGUUAGUAUGUGUUUGGCUUACCGUUACCGUUCGAGGGAUGGGUAGUUCCGAACUCAAUGUUAUUGCCACUCUCGGUGGCACUAAUACAAUCACUUUUUCGAAUCAACAGCAAAGGUCCGCCAGUUCCGAAGAUGGGUCACUUGUUGUAGUCUUCAGUUUGCCUUUGCAUCAAGCGCAGUUGCUGCGAAAUGCGCAUCAAUCGGAGUUUGUGUUUUCCCUGGAUCUUCCUAAUGAUCUGGUCCGGGAAUGGCCAGCGGUUUCCCACCUACGAAGUGUCCCACACGGCUUUGAUCGGAUGGACCCAAUCCGAUGGGACCAUCAAGUUCGAUUGCGCGGGAUCGUAUCUCGGGAAGAACAUCAUCAUGACCGGAGCACGCUGUCUGGAACGCAACGGUGCCCGUACUGACAUUGUACGGCUUGGAGAAGCCAUGGGAACCCCCAGAGAUUUCCAUGUACAGAACAUGACCGUCCACUAUCGGUACCAGGCGGAAUACUACUACCACAAUAUGGCGAUCAUCUUCUUGGUGGAAGAUCCUGAGCUCGUUUCCAGUCGGUUCAAACCAGCGUGCAUAUACUCACGACCACCACCGAUACCGGAGGGAAGGGUUCACCUGAUCGGUAGGGACGCGACGGGAACGUACCACCGGACGGAACUUGAUCUGGUAGAUUCGGUCAAGUGUCACGAGUACUACAGUCCAACGAAAAAACUGAAAUACGGUGCGCUGCUGGUUUGUUGCAUGUGCGCGCGAAAUCCCGAUGUUCAGAAAUGUGCGUCGGAGCUCGGCUCGCAGAUGCAGAUCAUCUUGGAAAGGAACGGCAAACGGGUUCCCUUCUUGGUCGGGCAGAAGACCAUCAAUCGGUCCUGUGGAUCGAAGGUUCCCGGCAUCUAUACCCGGCUGAGUUCCGAUGGGCACCUGCCGUGGAUAUCGACCGUCGCUCGGAUGGAUUUUCGCGAUCAUAACGCUUGCAUUGAUAAGUACUGAAUAAUAUCGCCAGCUAAAGUAAUACAAAAAAACAACUAUAGACGUUGAGAGUUUAAAUAGAUUUAUAUCUAGAGCUAGUGAUUCCAAUGAUUAAUCAUCACCGGUAUCGAUUGUGAGUGACCUGUGAUAGAGUUUGUUCAUUUCAACCAUCCAGAAAUGUUCCCUUCUCGGACUAAGUAUCUUUCAACAGUAGGGUGCCUGUACCAGUUAUCGCACUACCUAUGGAGAACUAUUUUUACAAAAAUAAGAAGAAGACCGACGAAUGUCAUCGAUAUGUCAAAUGAUUGAUUCAUUUUCAUACUUUACAGGAAAAAUAUAGAAACGGAGCCAAAACGACUUUUAGUAUUUAUUACGGCGUGUACCAAUGACAGGAACCCUGUACCAGUUAUGGACACAUUUGUUUAUUUGGGUUCCACUUCGCACUAUUUACAUGCAAUCCUUAUGGGAUUUGCCAUAACUGGUACACUAUGGCGAAAUAGGGUGCAAGGUGGCCGAAAAGUUAAGGAAAAUGAUUAAAUUCUCACCAGCAGCAGUUUUUUGUCAAAUCAAAUGAAACUUGCCAUGCAAAAUACCUUGCCUAUUCCAAUCAAGGAAAAAUAUUACACAGAAUCAAAUUGUUCUGGGAAUUGUUGUAUGGAAUUACUCAGGAAAUCUAUCAACAACGUUGUACAGAAUACCAAAGACUUUCAAAUGCAUGAAAUGCUAUAUUGGAAAUGCUGUCAACAUUCCUCCAAAACUUCAUUCUUAACUACUAUCUAUUUUAUAUAAAUAAUUAGAUAGACAAUGUUUUAAGAAUAACACUAUGAGUUCUGAUAGAUAUACGCAUACCAAAUAAUCAUUGGUAGAGAUAAUUUUCAGGGACGUUACGCCUAAAAGAAGUAGGCAAAUAUGAAUCGUAGAACAUUUUUUCAAAUUUCUUAGAGCAUUUCUCAACUUUUUUGUGUAGUUAAAAUUCACAAAUAAAAUGAAACUAAAAAAUAUCAAUAUUCUUUCUUUAACAUUUUCAGCCUCUAGCUGGUUUAUUUUCAAUGAAUAUUCUUUGCAGAAACCUCUUAUAAUUUAAAGUGGAAUUGGAUAAAAAACUUUGGUAAUUCAUAAAUUCAGUCGAAUUCAUUUAGAGAAUUUUGGCAUGUAAAUUCAGCCACAAUUCCUGAAAUAUGAUGUUACGUUUGUAAUAUAGUUGAUACGUUGUAAAAUAGUUUUAAGAAUUUUCCAUGAAUUGGAGAAUGCAAUUCAUAGAAAAUUCUUCGAUUGUUGCAUGGAGUGUGUUACGUUUGUAAAUAGCUGUGAACAUUUGUCAGUUAAUUUUCUGUUUUAUACUGUAUUUGUUCAUUUGGCCCUGAAUUUUAAUGUGCAUUUGUAGCGCUCCAAACAUUUCAGGAGCGAACCAGUACAAAACACGCAAGCCGUCCCCUAACACGGACAUCAAAUUGUAGACGGUCUUGUGUGGUUGCCCGAAUCGGGAUGCCCCCUUAAGAUUAGAAAUUCCUAGACAAAACCAAGCUAUGAACACAGCAUCAAAUGCUGUGAACUAAAAGGCAAACUGCCAAAUAAAAUAUAAUUCCAGGAUGACUGAUGGACCAAGAACAAUAAUGAAACCUCGUCAUCCUGCGAUUGGACUACGUUAUCUAUUUAGAUAACUGGGCACAAUUUAUGUUAUGCGUUGCAUGUUUGUGUUUUGUGCAUUUAUAAUGUUCUAUUUUAUUUUGCGUAUCUAAGUUCCCAGACGUGGGGCCCGAUACGGAGAAUAAUAUGUGCAUUUAUAAGGUUCCAAUGUACUAUUUGUUACAUGCUGGUGUUGUGUUUUCGUUACAUUGGCGCCCAACGUGGGGCGUUGCGCAUUUAUAAGGUUCCAAUGUUAAUUUAUUCGUUACAAUGACCAAGAAUAAGUUUUUAAGAAAAUACUUUGUAUUUAUUCUAUCAUUGCCGAAUUUUUAGAAAAUUUUGUGUCGCAAAUAAUAUCGGGUUUCAAAAAAAUGUGUUCCUUAGUAAUGCAAUUAAUCAUUCAUUGCGAUAAAGUAUAGGUUAGUGUAAGUGUCAACAGAUAAUUUAGGGGGAAAUUUUCCAACAUUUUCUGUGAAUGUGGAUAGGAAACCAAAAAUAAAACGAAAGACAUGCAUUUCUAUCAGUUGACAGUUGACCGCCACAAUCACGUGCUGAUUUCAGAAUCAUGCUCCAAAUAUUUUUAAGAAAAAAAUGUUUUUGAUUUUACUAUAAUUCAAAGGCAGUAUCCAUUUAUUACGUAACGCUAAAAUCGAGAUUUUUAUAAACUCCCCCCCUUCCGUAACGCUUUUUUGUAUGAAAAUCCUAAAAUUUUCAUAUGGAUCGUAACGCUCGGCCAUACUCCCCCCCUCCCCCUAGAGCGUUACGUAAUUUGUGGACGGCGCCAAAUAUCUUACGUUACAGCGAACCAAUUCCAAAUGUUUAGACACGAAUUGGAAGCUGAUUAAACUAUCUUUCGGUCAACUAAACUCAGCUUUUGCGUCAAAUGGAUGAAAAUUGUGUUGUAGUGUACAAAAAAAAUCAUCCUUUUUGGAAAUUAAAAAAAAAAAAAAUUGAAUAGAUUGAUUUUUUUUCUCAACGUACACUUGAAAUAGAGGAAAUGGUGUACUUUUGCCCGUUUUGUUCUUUUCGUCAUGGAGGGUUUUUGGAACCUGUUGAACUCAGAGUUGGUCUCAAAUCCUUCCCAACCAAACUGAAUUAUAUGACCAAGUUUCAAGCAAUUUGGCCUACAAAAACCCCCCAUGACGAAAAGAACAAACCUGCCGAUAAUACCCUAUGUCACCCUAUACAAUGUUGGCGAGUUAUAGUUUAGAUUAAUCAAAGCAUUGGUUAUGGAGAAUAAGAUGUAUGAAGUGAAGUGAGCAACUUUGUUAAUAAAUCGAACAAAAUCGAUUUCAAAUCACCAGCCUUGUAUGGGAAGUUGAAACAAUUCCGUGCAAGAAAAAUAACCGGGUGACAUAUCAAAAAAGCAUUACAAAAAUACUUGAAUUAAUCAUUUUCAGAAGGCGUUUCAAGGUUAUUGCAGGGGAGAUCCCAAAGAGAUUGCUUAAAAAAAUAAAAUUCCGGUAACUUUUUCCAGAUUUAUGAAUGAAUUUCCAGGAAAUUUUCAGAAAAAAAUACCACAUUUCCGGAAGUUUUUGAAAGGCUUUAUUUAUGAAUUUACACUAAACUAAGGGUAAAAGAAAAUGCGAUUCAUUUUCACAGGGAUCAUUCCAGCUUAUUUUCCAGAGAAGUAAUUCUGGAAAAUAUGGAAACAGGGCGAUACAGUGUUUGCAAUAUUAAUUUGGUAAUAUGGGAUGCUUUACUAAUACUGGAAUUUUUAGUAGCACAUUUUCACUUGAAUCACUAGUUUAAAUAAAAAAAACCCGAUUUAAUCCACCUAUGGUGAACAGAACCCUUCUUACACUUAUUAAAAAUAUUGUUGUAUUAUGCGUAUUAAGCAAAUUUAUUUUGUGUGAUUGACCAAAAGUUCUAGAAAAUAUUGUUGAUUUGACAUCUAGUGAAUUGGUUCCCAAAAUAGCAUCAGACCAUGGACUUACCAGAAAUGCCAGACACCUCCUAGAAUCUUAUAUGGAAUGUUAAAAAAAUAGCUUUCAUAUUAUGAAAUAUUGUAUCUUUUGUUAACUGCCAAAUAAUCUUGAAUCGAUUAACAAAUGGAUAAGAAAAUCAGCGAGAUGCACUUUGUCUAAUAUCUCUUAAUCAGUCGAAUAAAUUGGCUCCGAAGUACUUGGUAUUCAUGGUUAUGGUGUAAAAAGGACAAAAAUGAUAUAUCUACUAAGUUAAUCAGUUUUGGCAUUAACUAGUUAUUUUGUCUGUCCGGUUCUUGCAUUUUUUCCACAAUAUAUAAAUUCAAAGCUUUCAUUUAACAUAUUGUUAGUUUUCAUAAAAUUCAUGUGUAUUUGCAAUUUGAUAAUUAAAAUUUUGUUGAAAACAAUAACCUGCUAGAAUAUACUUUGUAUGAUAUCAGCAUAAUUUAUUGAAAAAUAAUUUCCCAUAGACUGGUGAAAAACUAAUGCAAGAUAACAAGUGAAUACAAUAAUAAAAACCCGAUUUAAUGAAAUACUCUUCGUAAGAUAUCUCAGUAAUCAAAUGUCGAUUCGAAAUAAAAUGUCAGGGCCUUAUACAAGGAUAAGCUGUAGCUUUCAUUUGGUGCUUAGAGAACCUAAAUCGGUUGACAGAUGGCUGAGAUAUUUAUUAUGGUACCCUUGGUCCAAAAUCUCUCAAAAAGUUAACCUGUAUUACUCCCAAGUACUCUUUGAAAGAUAUCUCGAUAAUCAAAUGUCCAAUUGUAAUGAAAUUGUAUAGGGUUCUACUAGAAUGUUGUAGCUUUCAUUUGGUGCCAGGAUAACCGAAAUCGGUUGACAGACGGCUAAGAUAUUUAUUAUUAUACAAUUGGUCAAAAAUCUCAAAAAGUUUAGUUGUAUAAAUCCUAAGUACUCUUCGAAAGAUAUCUCUGUAACCAAAUGUCCAAUCGAAAUAAAAUUUCUGGGUGAUCUACUAGGAUGCUGUAGCUUUCAUUUGGUGCCAAGAGAAUUUAAAUCGAUUGACAAACGGUCGAAAUAUUUAUUAUGAUACACUUGGUCAAAAAUCUUAAAAAGUUUAGAAAUAUGACUCAUAAGUACUCUUCGAGAGAUAUCUCGGUAACCAAACGUCCAAUCGAAAAAAAAAUCAAUAGCGUUCUACUAGGAUGUAGUAGCUUUCAUUUGCUUCCAAGAGAACUCAAAUCGGUUGACAGACGGCUGAGAAACGUGCGUGACUUUUUUUUGUAACGCACAUACCCACACACACAUACACACAUACACACACACACACACACACACACACACACACACACACACACACACAUACAGACAUUUGCUCAGUUCGUCGAGAUGAAUUCAUUGGUAUAUGAGACUCGGUCCUCCGGGCCUCGGAUCGAAAGUCGGUUUUUCGAGCGAUAUUUAUACCCUUCUUAUGGGUGUAAGAAGGGUAAAAACACUUCACUAUUACUUCACAUUUGCAGAAUAAAAAUUAAAAAAAAAUGAAAUUUUUAAAGAAAAACUAGAAUUGGCAAGCGAUCUAAUCUGUCCAAAGAUAAACAAAAUAGUGGAAUUAAAAGUAAUUUGCUCAACCUUUUCCAUUUUUUUUAAGUUUCAUUUUUUAGUUUUUCUUUUAUAAGUAAUAGUAAAGUGCUUUUUUAAAUAUUUGCUAGAAAUAUCAGUAUCGCAAAAAAGUGCUCGCAUCAUUGCGACAUGGAUAAGGAGUGUAUCGGAAAUUAACUAUAAACAUUCAGGAUGCUCUAUCUCGAAGCAUGUUUGGUCUUAUCAUUUCGGUUCUUCUAUCAAAUCUUCACAAUACAGUCAAGUUUAGAACAGCCUGAAAAAAAUUGAAAAAUGUUUAGCAUUAUUGAAAAUUUUGUAGAAUGAAUACAUCUCACAAAUUAAAGUUUUGGACAAAUUGUUGUUUUUUAAAGAUUUUUCAGCGUUUCAAUAACCUGUAGCGAAUAAAACUUGUACGGCGAAAAAUCCAAAAAAUAUUAAUUAUUGUUAGCAGUUAUGUACACAUAACAUAUCACCGAACACCAACUUAAAAAAAAAUAUUUAUGAUCGAAAAACACUCAACAUUUAAAAAAUGACAUAUCCUAAAAAAACACUAAUUUUUUGUCGAACUUUGACAGUCUGUUUUAAAUAUCUUCAAAGGUUAUACAAUUCCGUUCUCUACUAAAGCUACCUCGUCGUUAAGUUUAAAAACAUUUCCAAUUAAAAAAAAAUGAAUUUACAAUUUGAUGUAUUUUUUAUUUGCGUAACCGUGCUUUGAAUGAGCAUCAAAAAAUAGGGUCCCUGAAAAAUGACCUUUUUUCAUUUUCAAGAAUUGCGCUCAAAUGGAAUCGAAUUUUUUCUUGAAAAUUUUUUUUUACCUAUAUUAUGAGCAAUCUGGGAAAGAAUAUAUUUGCGCUAAUAUAUUUUAAAAUAUCAAAAAAAUUUCCAUUUUUUCCGCAAUUUCAAAUUUUUAAAAGGUGUCCAAAAUUUCAAGAUCAUGCGUUUAAACUUUGAGAUUGAUGACCAUGUAAAAGAAUUAUUUUUACAAAAGCAAAAGUGCCAUUCCUUUAUCUGAGGAUUUAUAUAGUACCUCCAAAAAUAAAAUUAUUUAUAACUUGAAUUAAUUAUUUUUUAGGAUGUUUUGAACAUAUAUAGUUAAUUUCCGAUACAGUCCUUACUAUACUACUUUCUAAGGUAUUUCUCAGAGAAUUGUUUUCCGUUAAUCAUUUCAGCAUUCUCGCAGAAAUUUUCUUGGGAAACCUGUGAAAAAAAGUGUCCACCAAUUUAUCCGGGAAUUUUUUGAGAAAUAUUUUUCAAAAUAUCCAUAAAAUUUUCUUCAGAAAUUUCUGCAAACUAUGUAGGUACUGUGCGUCAUAGGGCUAGCAAUUCCUCUGGGAAUUUAUAUGAAAAUUAUUCUUGAAUUUCCUCUAAGAUUUUUUUUCUCGAUUUUUUAAAAAAAUCCAGGAAAAUAUUUGUAGGAAUGUUUAAGUAAUUACACUGGGAACUCCACUGGCAAUUGCUUUGUAAUUAGCUGUAGAGGCCUGCAAGUGAUUCAUCAUAAGAACUCCUUCGUGAAUUCCUUCAGGGAUUCUCUUCUUUCCUCUGGGAAUUCCUGAAGAAUGUUAUCCGUUCCAUUUCUGAAGGAGAAAAAUCUCCGUCAAUCACUCUUUUACAAAAUUAGCGAUUUCAGCCUUUCUCAACGAAUAUAGUACUAGGCCCACCCUAUUCUAUAAAAAAUCCUUUUUUCCGGAAAACCCACAAAACUCAAGCUUAUCGAAGUGCAUCGCUCAGCUCCAAAUUGCUCUCGUUAGGGAAGUUUUACCGAGUGCAAUCUCCGUCCAUCUAACCGUACGCCCAUCCAAACUGGGUCCCGUAUCACAAACACACACUCUUCAAAGUGUUUAGUGAGAUAAAUCCUGCCAUAAGAGCAGUUCUGUCGCCUUUUUUUCGGCGCAUCUCGACUACGACGGAAGGAGCUUCCUAUGCUGAGGCCGCCAUGGCAUCCGUCGAAAGUCAAUUAAGUUUAAGAUCCUUGGUCUUUUCAAACACUCCUAGUCGAAGUCGAGAGCUUCCGCAUUUGAGUGAUGCACACGUAUCCAUGGGAAAGAUAAGGACGAAGGGGAAGUCCUGGUGGGGGAUGCGAGAAUGAAAAGCGUUUUCCAUUGUGAUGAUGUGGAGCUGGCUGGAUGAAGGAGUGGAAACUUGAAAGAGUCGGUGCCAGGUUAUCCACGAUGGUGGGGGUGGGUUGUUAAACUCUUUGUGCACCAUGUGUCACUUUGAAGUGGAUGAGGUGGGAUGCAACAGAGGAGGAGAGUAGUUGGGCUUCUUACGUGCGCUGCGGGUCGUUUAGUGCUAAAAAUAGCAUACAAAGAUCCUCUUCUCAACUGGGAGUAUUUAAGGUUGGUUCUCUGUGGCGUAUCCUACUAGGUUGUGAACACAGACGGGGUUAAAGUUUUCGAUCGCUCCUGUCCAGGGCGCUGACGAUUAUCCUAAGAUGUUUUCCAAUAACGUGACCAAUAACUUUGAUGGGGAAAAGAUAUUCAUGCGGUCUGAUAUGCUAGUCCCCGUGGGUGCAACCAUGUGCCAUAGUGCAGCAGCACCUUCGCCGUACAGACAGGCGACACCCGUCUUGGAUGGGAGUUCUAUUUUUAGACAGGAGUUUUCUUUUCCCACCAGGCGAAUGCACUUUUGAACCCAUUCACUGUAUAAGCUCGACCACUUGGGAGGACGCAUCCCUUCGCUUUCGCUGCAAAGAACUUACUAGCGACCUGAAGAUGAGGCAAUGACAAAUGUGGAGCAAUUAUUAUUAAACAGGCUAGAAAUAAAUUUUUGGUUCUUCUAGGCAUUAUUCUGGGUAUUACUAUGAAAACUUCUUUGUAAAUUUCUCCAAUAUUUUUUUUCCGAAACUUCCACCACAAAUACCUUUCAAAUUUUCACCAAAAAUCCAAAAAUAUCGAAUAUGCAUUUCAUCAGGAAUUUCGCUUCGAAUUUAAUCAUGAAUUCAUGUGAGAAUUUUACCACAAGUUUCUUUGGGAUUUCCAUCAGUAAUUCCUUUCAGGAUUACAUCAGGAGUUUUUCUAAAAAUUCACCAGGACUAUCUUUGAGAAUUCCACUACGAAUUGCUCUUGAAAUUCGACAAUAAUUCCUCUGGGAUUUGCACUAGGAAUUUUUCUCGGAAUUCCACUAACAAUUCCUCUGUGAAUUCCAUUAGGAAUCCCUCUGGGAAUUCCAACAGGAAUGCCUCUGAGAAUUGCACUAGGAAUUUCUCUGGGAAUUCCACUACGCAUUCCUCUGGGAAUUCCACUCACAUAUCUUCAUGGAAUUUCUCUGUGAGUUCUUCUGGGAGUUUUUCUGAGAAUUUCACUGGGAAUUCAUCUGGGAAUUUCCCCAGGAAUUCCUGUGAGAAUUUCAAUUGGAAUUCCUCUGGAAAUUCCAUUAGGAAUUCCUCUGAGAAUUUCAAUUCCCAGGAAUUUCUCUGUGAGUUCUUCUGGGAGUUUCUCUGAAAAUUUCACUGGGAAUUCAUCUGGGAAUUUCCCCAGGAAUUUCCCUGAGAAUUUCAAUUGGAAUUCCUCUGGGAAUUCCUCCAGGAAUUUCUCUGGGGUUCUCAUGGAAGUUUCUCAGGGAAUUCCCCCGGGAGUUCUUCUGGGGAUUUUUCUGGGAAUUCUUCUGGGAUUUCUCUUAGGAAUUCCACUAGGAAUUCCUCUGGCAAUUUCACUGGGAAUUCCUCUGGGAAUUCCAUCACAAAUUCCUGCUCGCAAUCCACCAGGAAUUUCUCCGAGAAUUUCAUUAGAUAUUCCACUAGAAAUUUCACUAGGAAUUCCUUUGGGAAUUUCACUAGGAAUUUCUCUGAGGUUCUCAUGAAAGUUCCUCAUGAAAUUCCGCUGGGAAUUCUUCUGGGGAUUUUUCUGAGAAUUCUUCUGGGAAUUCUCCUAAGAAUUCCACUAGGAAUUCCUCUGGUAAUUUUACUAGGAAUCCCUCUGGGAAUUCCACCACAAAUUCCUGCUCGCAAUCCACCAGGAAUUUCUCUGAGAAUUUCAUUCGGAAUUCCUCUGGUAAUUUCACUGGGAAUUCCCCUUGUAAUUUCACUUGGAAUUCCUCUGGGAAUUCCACUAGGAGUUCCUGUGGGAAUUCCACUAGGAAUUCCUUUAGGAAUUCCACUAGGAAUUCCUCUGGGAAAGCCACCACACAUUUCUAGGGAAAUUCCACCACAAAUUCCUGCUCGAAAACCACCAGGAAUUUCUCUGAGAAUUCCACUAGAAAUUCCUCUCAUAAUUGCACUAGGAAUUUCUCUAGGAAUUUCACUAGAAAUUCCUCUGGGAAUUCCAUUAGGUUUUCCUUUGGGAUUUCCACUAGGGAUUCCUGUGGGAAUUCCACUGGGAAUUUCUCUGGGAAUUAAACUGGAAAUAAGUCUGGAAAUUGCACUAGGAAUUUAUCUGGGAAUUCCACUAGGAAUUUCUCUCAGCAUUCCACUAGGAAUUCCUGGGAAUUCCACUAGGAAUUUCCCUGGGAAUUCCACUAGGAUUUCCUCUCAGAAUUCUAGUAGGAAUUCCUGUGGGAAUUCCACUAAAAUAUCUUGAGGGAAUUUCCCCAGGAAUUUCUUUUGGAAUUCUACUAGGAAUUCCUCUGCGAGUUCUCCUGGGAGUUUCUCUGGGAAUUUCACCGGGUAUUCCUUUGGGAAUUACCCUGGGAAUACCGCUAGGCAUUUCUCUGAGAAUUUCAAUACGAAUUCUUCUGGAAAUUCCACUAGGAAUUCCUCUGAGAAUUUCAAUAGGAAUUCCUCUGGGAACUCCACUAGGAAUUUCUCUGGGGUUCUCAUGGAAGUUUCUCAGGGAAUUCCCCUGGGAAUUUUUCUGGGGAUUUGUCUGGGAAUUCUUCUGAGAAUUCUCUUGGGAACUCCAUUAGGAAUUCCUCUGGCAAUUCCUCUGGGAAUUCUACUACAAAUUCCUGCUCGCAAUCCACAAGGAAUUUCUCUGGUAAUUUCACUUGGAAUUCCUCUGGGAAUUUCACUAGGAAUUUCUUUGGGGUUCUCACGGAAGUUCCUCAAGAAAUUCCACUGGGAAUUCUUCAGGGGAUUUUUCUGGGAAUUCUUCUGGGAAUUCUCCUAAGAAUUCCACUAGGAAUUUCUCUGGCAAUUUCACUAGGAAUUAAUCUGGGAAUUCCACCACAAAUUCCUGCUCGCAAUCCGCCAGGAAUUUCUCUGAGAAUUUCAUUAGGAAUUCCUCUGGGAAUUUCACUAGGAAUUCCUCUGGGAAUUCCACUAGGAAUUUCUCGAAGGUUCUCAUGGAAGUUCCCUAGGGAAUUCUCCUUGGGAUUCUUCUGGAGAUUUUUUCUGGGAAUUCAUCUGGGAAUUCUCCUAAGAAUUCCACUAGGAAUUCCUCUGGCAAUGUCACUAGGAAUUCCUCUGGGAAUUCCACCACAAAUUCCCGCUCGCAAUCAACCAGGAAUUUCUCUGAGAAUUUCAUAAGGAAUUCCUCUGGUGAUUUCACUAGGAAUUCCUGUGGAAGUUCCACUAGGAAUUCUUCUGGGAAUUCCAGUAGAAAUUCCUUUGGGUGUUCCACUAGGAAUUCCUCUGGGAGUUCCACCACAAAUUCCUCUGGAAAUUCCACCACAAAUUCCUGCUCGAAAUCCACCAGGAAUUUCUCUAAGAAUUCCACUAAACAUUCCUCUGGGAGUUUCAAUAGGCAUUCCUCUGUGAAUUCCACUAGAAAUUCCUCUGGGAAUUCCAUUAGGAAUUACUCUGGAACUUCAGCUAGGAAUUUCUCUGGGAAUGAAAUUUCGCUGGGAAUUCCACUGAGAAUUUCUCUGGGAAUUCCACUAGGAAUUUCUCUGGGAAUUCCACCAGAAAUAACUCUGGGAACUCCACUAGGAAUUUCUCUGGGAAUUCUAUUAGAAAUUACUCUGGAACUUCAGCUAGGAAUUUCUCUGGGAAUUCCACUAGGAAUUUCUCUGGGAAUUCCUCUAGGAACUCCUGCAGGAAUUCCUCUAGGAACUCCUGUGGGAAUUCCGCUAAGAAUUCCUUUGGAAUAAUGUCAAGAGUUGCUUGUUUCUUCUUUGAAAUACGUCACAUCUCAGGAAUUCCUUCCGAAAGAAAUUCAAGGAAUCCCAUAUCUUCUCGCUUGAUGAUAGAUCAAACGCUCCCAACCUCGCGUUAGUUUCUUUCGGUACCAACGAGUAUCAGUAAAGACCGAAGGACGAUCCGUAACGACCAGGACAGGAAAAAAGCGGAAUCUGGUUCGACACAAGUUCCCUAGACAUAAAUCACAUCCACUAGUAGGUGGAAACAAUACCCGGUUGGAUCGCCUGUGCCGCGCCGUGGGACGUGCUGCGCUGGCUGGUAGCACGCGGCCGUGAGGAAAUUGGAUUUAUUUUGCUUUAAAGUGGGUGCACUUUUUCUUCAGCGUCCAACGUGAGGACUGAGAAGGAUCGUAACCGGGCGGGAAGAUAUAUUGCACUACAAACUGGUGAUGACGGGCCGGGGAAAACUGAUGACUAAAGUUGUUUUAUUUUACGUUACGGGCGGAAGUUUUCCCCCGGAAGUUUAGCGAUACAGAUUGUACGGAUGUCAAUUUUGGAAAAAUUGUUUGGGAAUUUUUCGCGUCCAAUGACAGUUUUAUUUUUAUUUUACGACGAGAGUUCAUCUCAAGUUUCCCUGGGAGUAUCUCUGAGAACUCCGGAAGUUUCACUGAGUACUCCUCUGGUAACUCUACAGGGAUUUUUUUUUUAUGAAUUCCACUGAGAAUUCUUUUGGGCAUUCCACUUGAAAAUUUUUCUAGGAAUUCCAUUGAAAACUUCUCUGGGAAUUCUACUAGAAAUUCCUCUGAGAUUUUCACUAGUAAUUCCCCUGAAAAUUUCACUAGGAAGUCCUCUGGAAAUUCCGUAGGAAAUUUGAAUGGACAUUCCUCAGCGUAUUUCACUGAAAAUUUCUCUAGAAAUUUCUCUGGGAAUUUUAUUGGGAAUUCUACUGGGGAUUCCGCUGGAAAUACUCUGGGAAUUCCAAAGGGAAUUCUUCUCAGAAUUCCACUGGGUGUUCCUCCGAAAAUUCCACUGAAACUUCCUCUGAGAACUCCACUGGGAAUUGCUUUGGGAAUUCCAUUGGAAAUUCCUGUGAGAAUUCCACUGGGAGUUCCUCGAAGAAUUCUACUGUGAAAUCCACUGGGAAUUCCUCUUGAAAUCCCACUGGGAAUUCUUACUUGGAAUUGCACAGGGAAUUUCUCUGGGAACACUUCAGGGAAUUCCGUUGGGAGUUCCACUGGAAAAUACUCUAGAAAUUUCACUGGACAUACCUCUAGGAGUUCCACUGGAAAUUCUUUUAGGAAUUCCAUUAGGAAUUCAUCUAGGGAUUUCACCAGGAAUUCCUCUGGAAAUUGCUCUUGCAAUUUCACUGGGAAUUUCUAUGGAUAUUCCAUUGACAAUUUCUCUGAAAACUCCACUGGAAAUUUCUCUGAAAGCUUUACUGGGAAAUUCUCAGCAAAUUCCACUGACAAUUCCUCUGGAAAUUUCACUAGAAAUUCUUCCGGUAAUUCCAUUGAGAAAGCCUUUGUGAAUUCUACUGGGAAUUCCUCUGGAAAUUCUUUCAGGAAUUCCACUGGGUAUUCCUCUGGGAAUUCCACUGGAAAUGCCUCUGUAAAUUCCACAGAGAAAUUCAGCUGAGAUGUCCUCUGGUAAUUCCACUGGGGUUUCCUAUGAGAAUUCCAAUGGGAAUUCUCCUUGGAAAUUCACUGGAAAUAUCGCAUCUGGAAAUUCCUCCGGGAAUUUCAUUGGAAAUUCUUCCGGGAAUUUCACUGGAAAUUCCUAUAGAAAUUUCACUGACAAUUCCUCUAGAAACUCCUCUGGCAAUUCCUUUAGGAAUUUCUCUAGGAAUUCAUCUAGGAAUUCCACUAGGAAAUUUACUGGGAAUUUCACUUGGAACUCCUCUUGGAAUUUCACUGGGAAAGCCUUUGCAUCUUUCAGCAAAUUCCACUGAAAAUUCCUCUGGAAAUUUCACUGAGAAUUCCUUCGGUAAUUCCAUUGAGAAUUCCUCUAUGAAUUCUAUUGGGAAUUCUUCUAGGAAUUCCACUGGGAAUUCCUUUGGAAAUUCCACUGGGUAUUCCUCUGUUAAUUCCACUGGAAAUAUCUUUGGAAAUUUCACAGGGAAUUCCUCUGGGAAUUCCACUCGGAAUUCCUCUGAGAAUACCAUUGGGGUUUCCUCUGGUAAUACCACUGCGAGUUCCCAUGACAAUUCCACUGGGAAUUCCUCUUGGAAUUUCACUGGGAAUUCCGCAGGAAAUUCCACAGAAAACGCCACAGGAAAUUCAUCUGGAAAUUCCCCUGGAAAUUUCCUCUAGAAAUUUCACUGCAAAUUCCUCUAGAAAUUCCUCAGGUAAUUCGUUAAGGAAUUUAACUAGGAAUUCUUCUGAAAAUUCCAAUAGGAACUGCUCUUGGAAUUUCACUUGGUAUUUCUCUGGAUAUUCCACUGAAAAUUACUCUGGAAAUUCCACUACGAAUUUCUCUGGAAGUUUCAUUACAAACUUCUCUCCAAAUUCCACAAACAGUCCCUCAGAAAAUUUCACUGGGAAUUCCUCCGGUGAUUCCAUUUAGAAUUCUUCUGUGAAUUCUACUGGGAAUUACUCUGGGAAUUCCACUGGAAAUGUCUCUGGAAAUUACUGGGAUUCCCUCUGGUAAUUCAACUGAGAUUUUGUAUGAGAAUUCAACUAGAAAAUGAUCUGGGAAUUCCUCUUGAAAUUAUUCUGGGAAUUUAUCUGGAAAUUCCACUGACAAUUCUAAUGGCAAUUGCACUGGGAAUUCCUCUGUGAAUGCUACUGGAAAUGUAUCUGGGAUCAAAUCGAACUGACUGAAUUGAAUUCAAUAUACUGAGAUAAACAUCUUCCUACGGAUAUUCUAUUUUUAGUACACAAAAGGUAAACGGACAUAAUCCUUUAUCUCUUAUGUUGGUGUUGGGCUUGGUAUUGGGUAUACAAUAUAAGUAAAAACAGCUUUCUUCUUUCUCGGCUACAUACAUAACAAACAUUAUCUGCGUUCCGUGAUGUUCCCAUUCAUGUGUCAAUCUCGCACCGCGCACAGCCCUCCCACAUCCAUCCAUUAGCCAUCUCCCAGUGCAGCAAAUCCUAGAACAGCAGCGAAAUAGCUCAAACAAAGCAGCAAAGUGCUAUUGAUUAACGAUCCAUAUACCUUGGCAAAUCCCAGCGAUCCCGAGAUUUUUUUUUUCGCUGCUUGGAAAUUCCGGGAAGCGGAAGCCGAGCGCAGGCAGGGAAAGGCGCUUCCAAGCACUUCUCUUACAUCGAGGAAGAAGUUAAUAUUAAAUUAAAAUUUGUUUCUCCUCUUUUUUAUGCUUAUCCGUCAGCCAGUUAGCCAGUAGCUUCCGGCAGUUGGCCGACUCCAUCUGUUUCUCCUCCUGUUCCAAUCUUCGGGGUGGAAAGUUUUUCCGUUCUUGUCGGCUGUCGGUGAGUACCGAUUUCCAGCAGUCCGAAAACUGUGAACAUUUCAAUGCAAACAUAAAAUGCUAAGAAGUACACCAAGAAAAUUUUUGAGAAACGGCAAUACUUGAUAUUUUUUUUCUUGAAAUGGUCAUUGAGAUACUGAAAUAAAAAAAAAAUCGAACCAAGUGUCAUCUCCUGCUUUUAAUUAAGUUUUUGUAAAUUUUUGAUAUUUUUGUAUGAAAUAUGUCAAAUUUAUGUAUGAAGAAUUUUAUUUAUUCUUUGGCCGUUUUUUUUAGGAAAAUUUGUUUUCGAUUUGAAUCUACAUUUUCUUAGACUUCGAUAAAAACAAAAAUUUGUAUAUAAAAACGGUUUAAUUUUAACUUUGUUGAGUGGUACAUCAUUAACUCAAUUGUCGCAAAAAUCCCUUUUGCCUCCAAAAUCCUCGCCCCCACGAGCACCUUACUCAUCGACAUUCAGUGAAUUUAAUAUGAUUAUUCCCCUUCGGAAAUGGCGUGCAGUUGUAAGCCGGUGUGGUUGGCCUUUCUGCUCCAUUUCUUCCAGCAAUGAUGGGAGUGGCGGGAAUCGAUGCCGGUGCGGUGGUGCUCUCCCGAUUGGAAUUAUGACGACAAUGCGGACAAUCGAUGGAUGUUGAGAAAUGUAGAAUUUUCCGCCUUAUUCCGUGUCGUUUCCCAUUAAUUUUCGGAGCGAUUGUACAGAUUGGUAGUUUCGCGGAAUAAAAGAUUUUGUUGCCACGUCAUUCCUUGCUUUGGCGGAAUUGGGCGCUAUCGUCGUCGAACGUGGGAAGCCCAGCUGUCACUCAUUUGACAGCCAUAAUUAGGUGUUGAGAUUCAUGGCGGUUCCGAUCUGGGACAGAAAAUGAAUUCCGAUUCAUAGUUAUGCUGUUCAAUCGAACUGUAUAUAAUACUUGGUGCUAUGAGAAAUUAUCGGAGCUUUUUUUUUAGUAUUUUUUUACUUAAAUCAAACAAUUGGUGCUUUUCACAACAUGCUUUCCUGGUGUUUUUGCCUUUUGCAUGCUUGUUCAUUUGGUUUUUGUUUCAUUUAAGUUUGCUAUUAGUACUGAUUGCUUAAUUUGCUUUUCUACAUUUAAUUAAUUUUUACUUAUUUUGUUUCACUUUUUUUUAUUUUCUUGAUUGUUUUCUUACAUUUUUUUUCAUUUUAACCUGUUCUGUGUUUUAUUUAUUCUCUUAUAUGAAAAGAUGUGAAUGUUGACAAUGCGAACGGAUACCAUUAGCAGAACCGUGAUUUAUGCUUCAUUUUUGAACGGACAUAGAAACUCUUCCACCAUUCACUAUUAAAGCAAUUUCUCUCAAUUUAGAAACGCUAACAUAGAGAAGAGCUAAUAAACAUCACUUCGUGCGACAGGCGAACUGUCGACCUCCGUACCCUUGCACAAUGGCUCACUGAAGUGGUCUUAUUUCCUUGUUGAUCCAUCAAUCUUCGGUGGAGAGAAAGUGCACCAGAGCUCCCUCGGUGCCUACUCCAGCUGCAGCGAAUAUACCAGCAUAUAUAAAAGAAAAGAGUUGAUGAGAUACUCCGAGACGUACCUACUACUACUAUGCAUCCCAUGCAAGGAUAUGUGACGCCACUUUCACUGCAGGAUAGAAGACGACCACACUGAGGACAAUGAUAAUGAUGAUGAGCGAUGAGACGAUGACGAUGAUGACGAUGAGACAAAAAAAAACAAAUAAUUGAAGAAAAUUUAUAAAAAUUCUAAUACCUCCUGCUUGUUGACCUGUGUGAAAUUCUACUCAAUCGAAAAUCUUGAAUAUGGUACACCGGGGCAAGUUGAACGGGUGGGGUAAGAUGAACAGCGGGUUAACAUGAUGUUUUCUUAUGAUGAUAAACAAUUUGAUUGCCAUUUUUUUUGAUUCCGUUACAGAUCAGGACAUUUUGUCCCAAAAAUAUUUUUUUAGUAUAAUUUAGCAAAAAAUUAGUUUAAAUCCCCUAAAUCCUUCCCUCCCAAUUUUAAGUUUUUGUAAUCCCUAACCUAGAAACAACCGCGAGUACUUCGGUUUCCCAAAAUAACAUAGUAUUUAAGGAAGUAAAAUAAAAAGAAUAUUAAAAAAAAUAAAUAAUGAAAAAAAAGAAAAAAAAAUUAAAAAAAAAUGUUAAAUGUAAAACUAUGUGAAAAAAUGAACAAAUGAAUUCGGCUCAGUUAUGCCCAUGUGGCGCCAAAGCCUUCCAAAUAAACUAAUAAGUGAAAAAAAAUUGAUUGCCAUAAUACAUAGUUUUUGAUUCAAACAAUCUUUAAACGAAGGAUAAAUUUCCAAAUUUUACUGUAAUCUAUUUCAAAACUUUGCGUUUCAUCUUGCUACUGGGUUAGCGCGUUUCAUCAUCUACUGGGGUAAGUGAUGUAGAAACCUAUAAAGAAACUUGAGAAAAAAUCAUGAAAAGUUCAGGAGGAGCUUCUGAGCAACUCAGGAGAAUCACUUAGAAAAUCUUCAAAAUAAUAUCGAAGAGAAACCUCUGCAGUAGUUCCUAAAGAUAUUAAAGAACCGACUUCCUAAAAAAAUCCUGUAAAAACGUGUGUAGUAAUUUCUGAAGAAACUCCUGGAGAAUUAUUUGGAGAAAUUGUUAAAGUAGCUCCAUGAAGAACGCCUUUAAAUACUUCCAAAGCAAUUCCCAGAAAAAGGCAUAGAAGAAUUACUGUAGGAACUAAUGAAUGUUUCUUUCAAGAAGAUGUGGAAGAUUCUUUGAUUUUUUUCAGAAACAAAAUAAAGUUCUUGAAGAAACCCUAGAAAAAGUUCAUGUAGAAAGUUCUGGAGAAACUCAUGCAAAAAAAAUGUAGAAACCUUCUUGAUAAAUUCUUGUAGAAGCUUCCAGAGAUAGUCUUGGGAACAAGUCUGGAACUAAUGGAGUUCCACCUGAAAAAACUUUAGAAAAGCUUCAGUAGAAACGGCUAGAGAAACCCAGAAACAAACUCCUGGGGAAACAUUUUGAAAAAAAUCCUGUUUAUACUGGAGCAACUCAUGGAAUAAUGCCUGGGUCCUUGGUUUCCAAAAAAACUUCUGGAAAAACUCGUGUAGACACUUUUUUAAGAAACUCUAGAAAAACUUUUCAAAAAACUUAAUGAAGAAACUCCCACAGAAACAUUUGUGGACAGAACAUCCACAGACAUUUGUGGAAAAUGGUUAGAAAACCUUUUGGGACCUGGACAAAUUUCUGUGAAACCACCAGGAGCAACCCACGGACAAAAUCCCGGAGAAACUUUUGAAGAAACUCCUGGAAACCCCUUUAGAACGAACAUCUGAAGCAAGCCCUGUAUAAACGACUGGAUAAAUUCCUGAAAGAACUCUUUGCUAGAGAUAGGGUAUUGUACCAUUUGGGCAGGUGUACCUAUUUUGGGCACCUGCCGCUAUAACUAAGUCAAUUUCAAACGGAUUGAUUUGAAUUUUUGUAUAGAGUUAGGCAUGUGCAGUAUCUUACGCUAUACAAAAACUCAAACCAAUCGGUUUGAAAUUGACUUAGUUAUAGCGGCAAGUGCCCAAAAUAGGUACACCUGCCCAAAUGGUACAAGACCCUACUCCUGGAAAGCUUUGAGCGAAAUUCGGAAAAUUUUCUGGAGAAAUUUCUUGGAAAUCCUUUAGGUAAUUGUCUGAUGAAACUCUAUGAAGCACUCCUAGAGAAAAAUGUGGAGAUAGUUAUAGAAGAACUAAGUAAGAAGCACCUGAAGAAAUCUUUGCAAGAACUUUUGAAAAUACUUCCUUGGAAACUGCUAGAGCGAAUUCUAAAUUAAACUCCUCGAGAUAAUGUGGGAGAAACUCCUGGAAAUAAUCCAAGAGAAACUUUUCGAGAAACUUAUGGAGAAACUCCUGCUAAUCUGUUGGAAAAUCGAAUAUUUUAUGAAACUAUUGGAGAUACUCCGGGAAUAGUUUAUGAGGAAAUUAGUAGAACAUCUUCAAGAAAAGCUGUUUGAUAAAUUUUGAAGAAAGAUUCCCUGAUUUUUUUCAGAAACAAAAUAAAGUUCUUGAAGAAACCCUCAAAACCCUCAAAAACUCAUGUAGAAAGUUCUGGAGAAACUCGUGAAAAAAUGUAGAAAAACUUCUGGAUAUAUGUACUCUUCUAGAAGCUUCCAGAGAAACCUAUGGAAACAUAUCUGGAUCUGGAGUAAUUCUUAAAAACAGAAAUUCCCAAAACACCUGUAAAAACUUCAGAAAAGCGUCAGUAGAAACGGUUAGAGAUACCCAAAGACAAACUCCUGGGAAAACAAUUAGAAAAAAAGGAACACUCAUCGAAUAAUUCCUGGAGUCUGUUAAAAGCUUCUAAAAAAACUCGCUUAGACGCUUUUCAAGAAACUCCAGAAACAACUUUUAAAAAAACUCAAUGGAGAAACUCCCACAGAAACAUUUAAAGAAAUUUGUGGAAAAAUGAUAGUAAACCUUUAGGGACCUGGACAAACUUCUGUGUUACCUCGAGGAGUAACCCACGGACAAAAUCUAGGAGAAACUUUCGAAGUAACCUCUGAAAACCCCUUUAGAACGAACAUCUGAAGCAAGCCCUGGAUAAAUGACUGUAUAAAUUCCGGAAAGAACUCCUUGCUAGAGAAACUCUUGGAAAGCUUUGGGCGAAAUUUGGAGAAACUUCUAGAACAUCAUCUGGGGAGACUUCUGGAGAAAUUUCUUGGAAAUCCUUUCGAUGAAUGUCUGAUAAAAUUCUUGAAAGAACUCCUUGAGAAAAAUGAGGAGAAACUUAUAGAAAACCUAAGGAAGUAGUUUCUGAAGAAAUCUUUAAAAGAACUUUUAAAAAAUACUUCUUUAGAGACUUCUAGAGCGAAUUCUAAACUCUUCGAGAUAAUGUGGGAGAAACUUCUGGAAAUAAUCCAAGAGAAACUUUUCUAAACUAGAAACUUAUGGACUGCUAGUCUGUUAAAAAACAAAUAUUUUAUGAAACUAUUGGAGAUACCACUGGAAUAACUUAUAAGGAAAUUGGUAGAGUAACUUCAAGAAAAGCUAUUUGAUAAAUUUUGACGAUUUUCCGCAGAAAACUUUUAGAAAAUUUUUACAUUAUCUGCUGGAAGAAAAAACUCCUGAGAAAACAUCUGGGGAUUAUUGAGAAGAAACUUCUGGAGUAAUUUCUGAAAAAAAAAAUACAUGUCAAUAGUCCUAGUAGAAGUUUUUUUUAGGAACUCCAGGAGAGUCUGUUGAAAAAGCAAACUUUUGGCGAAACUCCUGAAGGAACUCCAGGAAGGACGCCCAAAAAAAACUCUUAGAAGAAUUACUAGAGCAACUUCUGAAAACUUUCUUUACUGAAUUUAUGAAAAAAAUACUCAAUACCUGAGCAAAUUUCUUGAUAUUAUUACGAGUUUUUUUAAGAAUUCCUGAAAAAAUCUAAAAACAAAAGAGGUUAUUCUUAGCAGUACAGAACAGUCAGAAAAUCCGAAAGGUCCGGUGGUGUUCUUAGACGAUUUUAUAGAGGCAGUGCGUCCAACCGUUGUGCAAACGAAAUGACUUAUUUUUUAGAAAUUUCGAUCUUAAGGCGAAACUCUCUCAUUUUUUUGGUUUUUGAUUUUUAAUUAAAUAACAAAGCAAUAUUUUCAAAAUCGGUUUUCGUACACAUGUAGAGUAUGGAUCAAGGUAUCUCCUGAAUUUUUCCCUGGUGGAAAAUGUUUUCCGUUUUUGUAGAAGCCAUUUUUUCGUGAAAUUUUGUUUAAAAAUGGUUUCUGCAAAAACGAAAAACAUUUUCCGCCAGGAAAAAAUUCAGGAAAUACCGUGAUCCAUACUCUACAUGUGUACGAAAACCGAUUUUGAAAAUAUUGCUUCGUUAUUUUAUUAAAAAUCAAAAACCCAAAAGUGAGGAAAUGGAUCCAGUUUCGCCUUAAUGUUUUAGACCAAUGUUUCUUAAAAUUAGUCACCCAAUGACUACUACUAUGAUGAACUGCAAACCUCUCUAGUAUCAAGACACUGGCAUAACCUAAAUUGGCUUACAUUUUUUGAUUUACUAAACCCUCUAUUAUCCAACUCUGCCUUUAGAUGCGGUUUAGUUUGGUCAUUUUUAUAUUUUUCUUGCCUGGGCAAUCUAAACUUUUGUAUUUUUGGCUUACAUUUAGUUCAUUUAUUGUAAAAAAGUUAGUUGAAUACACUAAAACAACUUUCCUUUCAAUUACACGGAAAAUAAAAAGUGCCAUGAAAAAAAAAUAUUUCAGCAAUCAUAAAAUUUCCAAAUGAUUUCGUCUUAAAAAAUCGGUGUCCCAAAAAGGGUUCCAGGGAAAACGUAAAAGUGUAGGGAUGUUCAAAAAAAAAUAAAAAAAAUAGAAAAAAAUCACAAAAUCGCUAAUUAAAAACUUUCCAAAACAUGUUUAAAUAGAUUUUAGAUGACGAUAAAUUAUAUUUUAACCUUUUGAAGCCGGAAUUUUUCCAUGCGUUAUUAUGGGGUUUUUUCUACGUUUUUCUGUAGUUGUGGUAGUCAAUACCAUAAAAACGGUAGAAUAUCACGCAGAAUAUUUUGUCAGGAUAUCCUAGACCAUCCAAACGCCGUUGAGAAUAACUACUGUUACCAUCAAGAGCUAAACUUCAGGAUGUUUUUUUUUUUGUUUAGAGAGACUUUACCGUUCUCGGCAUUCGUCUCUUAGACUUCAGGAUGUUUUAGACGACCCUGAAUGUCCCAAAGGUUCAGGGUAAUAUAUAGUAACUUCAGGUUGGUCCAGUAACCGCGAUUGAUUAUGAAACGUUACUCAGUAUGUCAAAUAUUGCUGAUGUUACGAGAGUAGAGCUGAAGUUCUGAACUCAAAGAUAGUUUGGCUGACCUGGGAUAUUCCCAUACUGUCUCUAAAUAACAUUUGAGAUUUCAAGAGCUUCACGAAUCUCAGCAGAUUAUGCUAUGGUAUUAUUUAUGAUGAAAACACAUAAAGUUUUUCCUGUAGAUUUGAAGGACUUCAUUAUAUAACAGUUUGGACGAACCUGAAUGUCCCAAAGGUUUAUAAUAAGCUGGUAGACUUCAGUUUGGUCCAGUAACCACGGAUAAAUAUGCAACGUUGCUCAAUAUAGCAGAUAUGGCUGUUGGACUGUUGUUGUGGGCCUGAAGUCCUAAACUCCAAGGUAGUUUGGCUGACCUGGAAUAUCCCUAUAGUGCCUUUAAAUGACAUUUGAGAUUUCAAGAGCUUCGCAGAUCCCAGCAGAUUGUGAAAUGGCAAUGCUAUUAUUUAUGUCGAAAACACAUAAAGUUUUCCCUGUAUAUUUGACGGACUUCAUUAUAGAACAGUUUGGCGGACCUGAAUGACCAAAAGGUUUAUAAUAAAAAAGUAGACUUCCGAUUGGUCCAGUAACCACGGAUGAUUAUGCAACGUUACUCAGUAUAGUGGACAUGGCCAUUGUUACGAAUUUAGACCUGAAAUCCUGAACUCCAAGGUAGUUUGGCUGUUCUGGAAUAUCCCUGUAGUGUCUCUAAAUGACAUUGUGUCCUAAAUAACAUGUCCCUCUGUGUCUCUAAAUGACAUUUGAAAUUUCGAGAGCUUCGCGGAUUUCAGCAGAUUAUGCAAUACUAUUAUUUAUGGCGAAAACACAUAAAGUUGUUCUUGUAGAUUUGAAGGACUUUAUUAUAGAACAUUUUGGACGUUCUUGAAUGUCCCGAAGGUUUAUAAUAAGCUAGUGGACUUCAGAUUGCUCCAGUUACUGCGGUUGAUUAUACAACGUUACUCAGUAUAACAUAUAUGGAUACUGUUACGAGUGUAGACCUGAAGUUCUGAACUCCAAGGUAAUUUGGCUGACCUGGAAUAUCCCUAUAGUGCCUCUAAAUGACAUUUAAGAUUUCAAGAGCUUCGCAGAUUCCAGCAGAUUAUGCAAUGGCAAUGCUAUUAUUUGUGGUGAAAAUACAUAAAAUUGGUCUUGUAGAUUUAAGGACUUC